AGCAAAAUUCAAACCCGUGUGUAUGCGCACUGCGCAUGCUCUUUCCGAGGGGGCCGCUCAACUUCUGUUCACCGCGCGUUGGAAUCGCCAUAACUGGAACCGGGGAUUCGGUUUAGGGCUCACGGAGUGCCUGUAGCAGGGUGAAUCAGAAUGGGAGACAAGCCGAUAUGGGAACAAAUAGGAUCCAGCUUUGUGCAACAUUACUAUCAGCUGUUUGACACAGACAGGACUCAACUUGGAUCGAUAUAUAUUGAUGCGUCAUGCCUUACGUGGGAGGGUCAGCAAUUCCAGGGAAAAGCAGCAAUUGUCGAAAAGCUCUCCAGCCUGCCCUUCACAAAAAUAGCCCACAGCAUAACAGCACAAGACCACCAGCCCACCCCUGAUAGCUGCAUAUUAAGUAUGGUAGUAGGUCAACUAAAAGCAGAUGAUGACCCCAUCAUGGGAUUCCAUCAGAGCUUCAUUCUGAAGAACAUUAAUGAUGCGUGGGUUUGCACCAAUGACAUGUUCCGCCUGGCGCUGCACAAUUUUAGUUGAAUACCCCAUGGCUGGCAGGAGGGAAGUGGGGGAAGGAUGGGGUUCUGCCCUGUUGAUGCCUGAACCUGCCAAUCGGCCCUUCGUUCAUCGCACUCAAGAAAAACAGCACCGGAUUACAGCAGUCAAUCACAGGCAUAUGCAGUACUGCCUCUACUACAGAACUGACGUUUCUUUGCUGAAAGCCCACACGUACAUCAAACUGACCCUUUUCCUUCGCCAACCUGCAUGAUGAUGGGGAGCUUAAAUAUUGGAGGAUGCCCUGACCAGGACAAAAACAUAUUAGCCUAACCUUGAUAUUUACAAUUUUAGUUGCUCAUUUUGACUGUGAGAUAACAGACGUCUUGUUGUCAUCGCUUUAGUACAAAGUGUGUUAUCAGCUUGUUUUUAGAAUAUGCUCAUUGAAGUUCAAGUCUUUUUUGACCCUCUUAAAAAUUGGAGUCUCCAUACAAUGUGAUGUCAGGUUGCUCUAGUGAUCCAAAGAACACCACCCUAAUUUCACCCUCCCCUCAGACCAGUGUGCUUCCCACUUUAUGCUCACUGCUCUCUGUGACAAUAAUUUCCAAGCCACGAUACAAAAUAAAACCUUUGACUUUUUCUUAACCAUGUCAUCAUCUUGUUCAUCGCCCUGUUUGGUUGUGCGUCUGCCUUUUCUGUGCUUGCCUGUUCAUGAUACUACUUCAUAUUGGAUUUGACUAAAAAAAUAUUUUUGCAAGAAGCCAGUUUGUCUUGAAGCAGCUGUCUUUGACUAAAACCUGUUUGCUCAUCUGCUAGAGCGGGGCAGUGCCUGACAAACAUUAUGAGUAGCAGUAUAAAUAAGCAGUGGAUUACAUGUUAUUUUCGACUUGUCAUGUUUAGUGUAACUUUACAAUUAGCAGAAUUUUCGAUUAAUGCUCUUGUUGAAAAGAGUAUGUGCAUAAAGUUCCUCUGGUGACACCACAUCAAUAAAGCAAGUUUCAACAAGA